UCCACUAGCAGAGAAAAUCAGAUUGAAAGGAUAUGGAAAGAUGGACGACGAGACCUUGCAAGGAGAAAGUUGGUUUUUGUUAUUCUUCACCGUCCGUUUGGGUAGCUUAUUCCUGUGGUCACUUACAAGGAGUUAGUAAGCGUUGCAAGGAAAAGUGGUUUAGGCAUAAUUGUUGGAAACAGUGUAAAGUAUACUAUAGUUCGAAAAUGACCUUGGCGGACUCAGAAGUGGAAGCCAUUCCUUUCAACUUUGUAUUUCCAUCAAGAUUGAACGGCUUUGAAAGUGAAGGUGCUUAUUCAGUGAUGAUAGCAGCAAGUGAACUUGAGAGAAAGACAGGAAAGAAAGUGAUUAGACUCGAAAUAGGUCAGCCUUCGGAACCUACACCAAAGCAUAUUGUGGAGGCAGCGUGUAAGUCUUUGCAAGCAGGAGAAACUGGAUAUACUCUGCCCUUAGGACUGAGGGCGUUGAGGGAAGAAAUUGCAAGGCACGUUACUGAAACCAGAGGUGUUGCUGUCUUACCAGAAGAAGUGGUUGUUGGUCCGGGUGCUAAACCUGGAUUAUUUUUCACUGCACUAUCCAUAUUGCACCCAGGAGAAGAAGUUAUCUAUCCAGAUCCGGGUUUUCCUACCUACAAGGCUAUGGCUAUUAUUGCUGAAGCUAAACCUGUCCCAGUUCCUAUGAGAGCAGAUGGAAAGUCGUUUGAUAUGCAGGCAUUAGAGAAAGCAGUCAGUUCCAAGACAAAAAUGCUCAUUCUUAACUCACCUAAUAAUCCAACUGGUGGUGUUAUGCCUACAGAGGAUAUAUUACACAUUGCAAAGUUGGCAAAGCAACACAACUUUUAUGUUAUAGCAGAUGAAAUAUAUUCCAGACUAGUCUACAGUGAUGAAAAGCCUCCAAGUAUUUUCUCAUUGCCCGGCAUGAAGGAAAGAACGAUUCUUAUUGAUGGAUUUUCAAAAGCAUAUUCUAUGACAGGUUUCCGUUUGGGUUGGGCUAUUAUGCCUGAAUUGUUGACCAAGAAAAUGGAACCUCUUUUGGUUCAUGCGGUUGGCUGUACUCCACCUUUUGUACAGGCAGCUGGAUUGGCAGCAUUACGAGGCAGUCAAGAUUCGGUACAAGAGAUGGCAAAGGAAUAUGAAAAGAGAAGGGAUUUGGUAGUGAAGGAACUCAACUCCAUUCCUGGAGUCUGGUGUCCUGUACCUGAAGGUGCAUUUUAUGCCUUUCCGGAUGUGAGUAGUUUUGGUAUGACAAGUAAGCAAAUUGCAAAUAUUCUCUUAGAAAAGGGAAUGGUUGCAGUCCUACCAGGAACUGAUUUUGGUGCCAAUGGGGAAGGAAGAAUUCGUAUCAGUUACGUUGCUCCAAUGGAUAUGUUGAAAGAAGGUUUAAAGCGAAUCAGAGAAACACUUGCGACUCUUUCAACUAUGAAUAAUAAUGGAAUAGCAUGAAAACAUAAAAAGAUGGAUUUUGAU